AUGCCCUUCGAGCCAGAUCCCGAGUCCACGAGACAGACGGCUGGUCGUCAUGAUAUCAGAGACGCCCCAAACUCCCUCCAGACCGAAAAUCACCAUCACCCACCGGCUCCUCCUCCUCCCCUGCAACAACCUCCGAUAGCCCAUGUCUCUCCUACAACACGAACUCCCACCACCCCUCGUCAGAAGGACCCUCUCCGGCUACAGACCUCCAUAUCCAGCGCAGAGUCGGGGUCGACGCUCGGGGUGGAAUAUAAGCCCUACCUACCACACAAACAAUACCAAUACGGACCGAUAGCAGAGAGGGGCUUGGUGGGUGAGACGAUCAAUAGAUACUCGCCCGCGGGCUCACAACACUCGGACAGUGGAGCCAAAAGAAGUAAUCUGGGCGAAACGCCAGUGAUCGAAGACAACUCGGCCGUGUACCGGUACAUCCAAGAAAAGUCCAUUGCGGCAGAUAUUGCGACAGAGGAUGACCAUGCCCUGUGGAUUCUGUUAUGGAUGUCCUUUCUCGACCCAUUCCACUGCCUAUUCAGUUGCAUAUUCUCGAUAUUCGCCGCCCUCGUCAUCCUGGUCUUUGCACCGCUCAGACUAUGUCGCAAACAAUGCUCGCCUAGUAUAUCUCUCGUCCGCAUGGUUGCGCCGGUCUUUCGCAAUCAUCUGCAAAUGAUCUACGCCAAGUCUCUCGACCAUGCUCAUACCUUUGAGUUCAGUCCGGCCUGCCUUGUUCUGAUCCACGUCGUGUCUCCUUUGAUCAGUAUUGGGAAUGCCAUUGCCGCCUGGGUCAUGGCCGUGUUCUGGGUCUUUGCCAUCAUCAUGGGAAACCCGGAUGGAACCGAGAAGCGCGAUGACGGGCGCGCCUCUGUCCUCCUUUUACGGGACUGGUGGGAGAAGUGUCUUCUGUUUGCGGUACGCAAAUAA